GCGGAGCUACAGAGCGAGGAAGAGAUGCGAGUGAGGAGGAAGCACAAAUAACCAAAUGACAGGAAGCAUUUACACUAAUUUCACAGACAGCCCCGAGCCCCGGUAGAACAAACAGGCACGCAAGCUGAGGGCGGACAUUGGAAUUAAACAAAAGCCUAAUUUCCCCCGCAUCCUCGGAGCAGAGGAAAUCGCCUGCCUCCGCCCCUUGUGACCUACAAGUAAACAGAUGGAGAAACAGGCCGGAGCUGCCGGGGCGGCGGACGGAGCAGGGCCGAACAGAAAGCCCUGGGGCUCGCCGGCCAGUGCACCAUCCGCCGGGGAAACCCUGGACAGUCCAACAGGUUCCCAUGUAGAGUGGUGUAAACAGUUGAUUGCAGCCACCAUCUCCAGUCAGAUCUCAGGAUCGGUCCCACCUGACAUUGUGAACAGGGACAACAAGGCCAGAAGAAGACCAGAUCUCAUGAUGUCCAAGAGGCUGAAUCCAAGGCAAGAUUCACAAGAUGAAGGGCUUUGUUACCAUGGAGAAAGUGAUUCUGAGCAUCCUUCCAAUGCUUUGAACCUUCCAGCUUUGAGAUACGGGGCGCAGGCCACAAUGUUUCAGAAUCAGGUUCCUCUGCUACCAGGAGAGACUAUUCAGACCACAGUCAAGGAUGUAAUGUAUAUCUGUCCGUUCAGUGGUCUGGUUAAUGGAACCCUGACCAUCACAGACUACAAGCUCUACUUCUCCAGUGUGGAAAGGGAGUCUCCGUUUGUUCUUGAUGUGAACCUGGGAGUCAUCAGCAGACUGGAGACCAUCAGCGUUCCCAACCAGGGAGAGAACACCAAAGGACUGGAGCUGGUCUGCAAGGACAUGAGGAGUCCCAGGUUUGCUUAUAAGACAGAGGAGAGCCAUCCAGAUGUGGUGGAGCUGCUGGCCAAACACGCCUUCCCCCUCUCCCACAGCCUGCCCGUGUUUGCCUUCCUGUACAAAGAGCAAUUUCCUGUAGAUGGCUGGAAGGUGUAUGACCCAACAGCAGAGUACAGGCGCCAGGGUCUCCCUAAUGAGAGCUGGACCAUCAGCAAGAUGAACAGCACCUACGAGCUCUGUGACACCUAUCCCUCCAUCGUGGUCAUCCCCACCAACAUCACAGAUGAAGACAUCAGACGGGUGGCUGUGUUUAGAGCCAAGCAUCGCAUACCGGUCUUGUCCUGGAUUCACCCAGAGUCUCAGGCCACCAUCAUACGCUGUAGCCAGCCGUUAGUCGGACCUUCAGACCGUCGCUGUAAAGAGGAUGAACGCUUCCUCCAAAUCAUCAUGGAUGCCAAUGCCCAGUCCCACAAGCUCACCAUAUUUGACGCCCGGCAGAAUAGUGUAGCAGACACCAACAAGGCAAAGGAUGGAGGGUAUGAAAGUGAGAGUUUUUAUUCAAACGUGGAGUUGAACUUCCUGGAAAUCCCCAACAUCCAUGUGAUGAGGGAGUCUCUGAGGAAGAUGAAGGAUGUGGUUUAUCCCACCAUAGAUGAAGCCCACUGGCACUCUGCUAUUGACCAAACACACUGGCUGGAGUACAUACGGCUACUAUUAGCAGGAGCAGCAAAGAUAGCUGAUAAGCUAGAGUCUGGGAAGACGUCGGUGGUGGUUCACUGCAGUGACGGCUGGGACCGGACGGCUCAGCUCACCUCGCUGGCUAUGCUGAUGCUCGACAGUCACUACCGCACUCUCAGAGGAUUCCAGGUUCUGGUGGAGAAGGAGUGGGUUAGCUUUGGACACAAGUUUGCUGCUCGCGUGGGUCACGGUGAUGAGAACCAUGCUAACUCAGAACGCUCACCUCUCUUCGUCCAGUUCAUCGACUGUGUUUGGCAAAUGACUCGCCAGUUCCCAUCAGCCUUUGAGUUCAAUGAGUUGUUCCUGAUCACAGUGCUGGACCACCUCUACAGCUGUCUGUUUGGUACAUUCCUCUAUAACAGUGAACAGGAGAGGGCAUCCAAGGAGGUACAGACCAAGACAGUGUCUCUGUGGUCCUACAUUAACAGCCAACCUGAGGACUUCACCAACCCCUUCUAUGUGGACUAUGAGCACCACGUUCUGUAUCCACUGGUUUCCUCCAGACAUCUGGAGCUGUGGACCGCCUACUACGCCCGCUGGAACCCUCGCAUGAGACCACAGGUGCCGGUGCACCAGACGCUGAAGGAGCUGCUGAUGCUGAGAGCAGAGCUCCAGAGGAGGGUGGAGGAGUUGCAGAGAGAAGCCUCCUCCCACUCCCUGUCCUCCUCCUCUGAACACUCCCCCUCACACACCACAGGGACUCCCCUGCACACCGCUGUCUGACUGACACACACACACACACACACACACACAGAGUUAAAUGCAUGUUUUAGCCCAAUUACUAUAAAUACUGAUGUUUACAAUGUGAAGGAGCCUUUACAAAGAGAAUCCUAAUUUUAUAUUAACAUUCCUAAAAUCUCCUCAAGAUGUUUGUUAAAUAAAAAUAAAAACGUAUUUAAAGACAGUAUUAAAACUAGCCUGACACACCUGUGCUUAUUAUUUAUAUUAUUUAAAAAAUCUCUAAAUUCAGAAAGACCGGCUUCCCCUGUACUGAGGGAAUCUUACCAUUCGCUUCAUAGUGUUUUUGUUUUUGUAUGAAGAAUUACUUCUAUUUGUCUCAGGGCUCUGAUAUUCACAUGACUGCAGAAAGCUGCCAGUAACAUGGUUACCUAUAGUGUAGCCUCCCUCACACUUUUUCCCUUCUUCUUCAUCAAGGUUGGAAUUAUUAUGAGCUGUGCCACACUGUCCAAAGUCAUGAAGAGAAACCUUCACAUUUUUAAAUGGAAACCAGGAUUACCACCUCAGCGUUACAUGCCUUUGCAAACCAGUCAAGUUGCACUUAAAGUUUACAUCCAUGUCUGUGAAAACAUGGAUGCUUCACACACAUCUUCACCCCGACAACACAGAAGAUUCAUAGAUCCUUUUGGGGCCUUUUCUUUAGCUGGAGGCGAAACACCACUCACCACCACAGGGCUGUAGGCUACAUAGGAGUCUUAAAAUGUCGUCUUGCUGUGUUAUUGGGAGCCAGAAUAGAAGGAGUCAUGGCUCAAAACUUAAAUUUUAUCACAUACCGGCUGCCCCUGCCUGUCAACAAAAAUGAAGACAGCUAUGGUUAAAUGCCAUAAGACAAAAUGAUCGGACAGAGGUGAUCAUUAAAAUGCUUGCAUGUGCAGUGCACACUUCAUAUCAGGUUAGGGAAAAAGUAUUUACUGUUGUAGGGAUGAAUGACUUCAUGUGUAUUAAGGGUUAUUAUGUCCACCUAAUCAGAAAUUGGAAGGGUCUUAAGUAGAGAUGUACGAUACCACUUUUUCCUUCCCGAUACCGAUUCCAGUCCCUGAACCUUAGGUAUCUGCCGAUACCGAGUACCGAUCCAAUACCAGCACGUAAAAAAAAAUGAAUAGGAUAUGAAUUGUUGUAUGUCUCAACUCCUAAAACUCUAUGUAAAAUAUUAAGAAAUAAAUACAUAAUAGUAGAAUGAAUGCCAUAAAACUUUUUGUAAUAAUUAUUAUCCAGUGUCGACACAGAUCAAGACACAGGUUAAAGUGACUUGUGACUUGACAAAAAAUAAAAGACUUGAGACUUGACUCGGACUUGGAAGUGAAAGACUCGGGACUUGACUUGACUUGAGACACAAUGACUUGAAUGACUUGAGUGUUAUUCACAUCAUGUUUUCGGUUAGAAUAUAAAAUUAAUAAAUUAAUUUAAAAAAUAACGUUGAUUACCCGGUAGGAGCGCAGGCUGAGAAUGGCGUUGUCAUGAUUGGAUCACUACCCUGUCAAUCAGUCAUGCCCUCUCUACGUACCUUACGUGUUUAUUGGAGAAACACGCCCUCUUAUAUCAGAUAGGCAUCAACAUGUCAGUCAUCGUCUUCGGCUUUCGGAAUUACCAUUAUGACGGCAAAAGACGAACAGCACAGUGCAAGACAUGAGGCAUAAACAUCUCAGACAGCCAAGCGACAACUUCAAACUUUGUUCGUCAUUUGAAGAGCCAUUCUGCCCAGUAAGUGAUUGUCAAUUAGCUAAUAUUAUCUGGUUAGUCGGUAGUUAGCUAACGUUAGCUUGAUACGAUACGGGGGUGGGGUGGGGGAUCCGUUUGGUGGAACUUGUUUUUUAAUUUAUUUGCUAACAUUUAACCCCAGAAAACGUGAGCGAACAUUCCGACCGGUUCAUCACAAGACCGGCUGUACG